AUCCUCCUAAGCAAAAAAAAAAAAGAACAAAGAAGAAGAAUUUACAGGGAGGAAGGAUGGACUCCAUCUCUAUGAUGGCCGGCAGCAGGAGUCCUGUGUUUCUAACAGCCUCCUCCUCCCACCACCUACACCACGCCCAGGCCUGUUUUCUGCCCAAUGGCAUGAAGAACGGAGUAGGAGACGUGGGGAGCGCUCGUCUCCCUGCCCAACCCGUUGUGGCCAUCCUGGGCUCAGGUGACUUCUCCAAGUGCCUGACCAUACGCCUGCUGCGCUGCGGCUUCCAUGUGGUAGUGGGCAGCCGCCAUCCCAAACUGGCAGCCCAGUCAUUUCCCCAUGUGGUGGAUGUGACGCACCACGAAGACGCAGUGGGGAAGGCCAGCAUUGUGUUCCUGGCAAUCCGCCGUGAGCAUUACUCUGUCCUGUGGGACCUCAAGCAUCUACUGGAAGGCAAGGUCCUGGUGGAUGUGAGCAACAACAGGAGGGUGAACCAGUAUCCAGAAUCUAAUGCUGAGUAUCUGGCAUCGCUGCUGCCAGACUCCAUCGUGGUCAAAGGAUUCAAUGUCAUCUCAGCUUGGGCCAUGCAGCAGAGCUGUCCCAAAGAUGCCAGCACACAGGUGUUCAUUUGCAGUGACUCAGUGGAAGCUAGACAGCAAAUUAUGGAACUUGCCCGCCAUCUCAACUUCCAGCCAGUGGAUAUGGGGACCCUGUCUUCUUCGCGAGACAUUGAGAACAUGCCCAUACAGUUAUUUCCUGGCUGGAAGGGCCCUGUCCUUGCUGCAGUGGCCCUCUCCAUCUUUUUUUUUGCCUACUCUUUUGUAAGAGACAUCAUUCACCCGUAUGUGAAAUACAAGCAGAGUGAUUUCUACAAGAUCCCCAUAGAGAUGGUGAACCGAACACUGCCCACUGUUGCCAUCACUCUCUUGGCCCUGGUGUACCUGGCAGGGCAGCUGGCGGCCGCCCACCAGCUCUACUACGGUACCAAGUACAGACAUUUCCCACACUGGCUGGAAGGCUGGCUGCAGAGUCGGAAACAGCUGGGCCUCCUGAGCUUCUUCCUGGCUGCUGUCCACGUUCUCUACAGCCUGUGUCUGCCCAUGAGGAGGUCUGAGAGGUACCUGCUGCUCAACACCGCCUACCAGCAGGUCCAUGCUAAUGUGGAGAAUGCGUGGAAUGAGGAGGAGGUGUGGAGGGUCGAGAUGUACGUGUCCUUUGGGAUCAUGAGCCUUGGGCUCUUGUCACUCCUGGCAAUCACCUCCAUCCCAUCUGUCCAUAGCACGCUCAACUGGAGGGAGUUCAGCUUCAUACAGUCCACUUUGGGCUACAUUGCCCUGCUCAUCGCCACCCUCCACGGCCUGCUGUUCGGCUGGAAGCGAGCCUUUGAUGAGGAGGCAUACCGUUUCUACCUGCCCCCCAGCUUCGUGGUGGCCCUGGCCCUGCCAGUGUGCGUGAUACUGGGGAAGGUGCUGAUGCUGCUCCCCUGCGUGGCCCGCAAACUCCACCAGAUCCGCCGGGGCAUGGACAGUAGUCAGUACCGGUGUCAGCGGCUGGAGCCGGUGGGCUUGGCUGUUCAGGUUUCACCUGAGAGAGUUACUAUCAUGUGAUCACUGCAGAACAGAGCUGUCUGCUCUUGUAUUGGGAUUUACACAUACUGC